AUGUAUCGUCAUUGCAGAGCACAGCUUGAGACGACUUCUACGAGCUCUCCCCAAGCUAAGAGUCCAGCUACAAGCAGCGCUGGUGCAACAGCUAGUGCUUCCACCGCCCAGGGUGAGAGGACACCGACAGCACACAACAAACAACUGCAGAAUGUCAAGGGUCAAGACCAUCCGCCACAUCCAUCAAUGGCGUUCCUACAGAACCGGUCAAUCUCCCUGGUGGACAUGUACAUCGAUAAUUCCGAACCAUCGGAGAACGUCGGCCAAAUCCACUUCUCUUUGGAAUAUGACUUCCAGAAUACCACUCUCAUUCUCAGGAUUAUACAGGGCAAGGAACUGCCGGCUAAAGAUCUCAGUGGCACCUCGGACCCGUAUGUCCGGGUCACACUGCUCCCGGAUAAAAAACAUCGCCUGGAGACGAAGAUCAAACGCAGAACCCUAAAUCCUCGAUGGAAUGAGACCUUCUAUUUUGAAGGUUUCCCCAUACAAAAGUUACAGAGUCGAGUUUUACAUCUACACGUGUUCGACUACGACCGCUUCUCUCGGGAUGAUUCUAUCGGGGAGGUAUUCCUGCCACUGUGUCAGGUGGAUCUCAGCGAGAAGCCUUCCUUCUGGAAAUCUCUGAAGCCUCCGGCAAAGGACAAAUGCGGUGAACUACUCACGUCACUCUGCUAUCAUCCCAGCAACAGCGUUCUUACGCUCACUCUAUUGAAAGCUAGGAACUUGAAGGCCAAAGACAUUAACGGAAAAUCAGAUCCAUACGUCAAAGUCUGGCUGCAGUUUGGUGACAAACGCAUCGAGAAACGUAAGACGGCUGUCUUCAAGUGUACAUUGAACCCGGUUUUCAACGAUUCCUUCUCCUUCAACGUACCCUGGGAGAAGAUCAGGGAGUGCUCUCUUGAUGUUCAAGUCAUGGAUUUCGAUAACAUCGGACGUAAUGAACUCAUCGGAAGAAUAUUGUUGGCUGGUAAGAACGGCUCCGGUGCAACAGAAACGAAACACUGGCAAGAUAUGAUCACAAAGCCACGUCAAACGAUUGUUCAGUGGCACCGCCUCAAGCCAGAAUAA